CCCCCAAAUGGAACAAUGCUAAAAAACAUGGUUACAUACCUCUAUGAACAGAAGAAGAUCCCAGCCAUUCUUCCAAGAGAGCUUUGCUGUCAAGUCCAUGACAACGCUUUUCCGAAACUGCUGGUUCCAGAUGAGAUGUUCUGUACCUUCUGUCAUGACAAGACCCCACUCUCUGACCCAAUUCUUAUCACCUCAAAAGCUAGAAUUGUUACAAUGAAUGGCGUAGUAGAAGGUAAUAUUAGUAAUUUAUUAAUGACACUAAUGGUGUAUUCACUGCAAUUCUUACUUUUGGAACGUGAUUGUAUGUUGUCUGAUUUAAAGUAUUUUCUGAAAUGUAAUAUAUUUUUCAGACGUAUCUACAUUCUGCAAGAAGUGCAUCAAGUGUGGUGCCAUGUACCGAUAUCAAGAAUUUAAAGAUCAACUAUACAACUUCAAUGACCAUGUUCUGAUAAGUCUCAAUUUGUGUCUCUUUUUGAGUUCACUUCAGGUAGUUAUUGGAAGACUCGCCACCAUUGUUGAUUUGAUUUCUAUGCUAUACUUUAAUAUUUUACUUACUGUCAUUUAGACCCAUUCUGCAGUGAGUCGAGUUAUUGACAGUCUGGAGAAUCUUAACGAUGUGAGGUAUCCUUCGUCAGACACGUCUUCAUGCAUACCUACAUUUUGAGGCCCUCUGUGACAACACAUACAACUUCUCGUGUGCUUCAUGUGGCGACCAUCCACCUGUUGUUGUUAUGGAUCUACACAAGAAAGGAGUUUUUUCCAUGGCUGGUAACUUUUGCAAAUAUGACAUACUUGACAAAUAUCUAAACCAUUCAGUGCACAUUUUUUUUAUAUUUCAUUGUGUUUCUUAUAGUGAGUGACAUUGAAGAGACACCGAAGGAUUUCAAAGGAUUGGUAAACAUUGAGGCGUUUUGGAACGCAGUGUCCCUGGAGAUGAUUGGACGGGGAUUUGUGUCAAGUAAUAAUCAGAAUCCAUUCAAGGUACUGCCCUCCUACCAUUUCUGGGCUCCUUGGAUUGGGCACAAAACAAGGUCCUCCAAUGAGGUGCUCAACACAGAAUUUGAAAAGAUUAAGACUGCUAAGGUGUCUGAAGAGUCCCAAGUCUACGAUGUUACAGAAGAUAGACUGAUGGAGGAGCUCAUGAACCAAAAGGUUGAUGUUGUUCGUAAACUGUGCAAGGAAUGUGGUCUUGACACAGUUGGAUCAAAACUGGACCUCAUUUCACGCUUGCAUAGUGAAAUGCAAACACGGCACAGCUACGACAAGAUUUUCCAGAAAAUAUGGGGUGCAUCAGGUUCUCAACAAACAGAUUCAAAAACCGCAACAAAUUCAAAAACCGGUCUAAACAAACAGGCCAGCCUAAGUUUAAGCCACACCCAUGAUGGAAAGGCAACAGAACCUGAAAACCAAUGUGGUGAGCACUGUCAAGAGUUGAUUCUACCAGUAAACCUCAAGCCUUCUCGAUCAUGCUGGACUCUGGGACAUCAUCCUCUUCAGGAGCAGUUGAUAAACUAUGUCCUGGAUCAGAGUAAGCCCGGGAAUGAGCUGAUUGUGAAAAAUGGAGUAACAUGCAUCACCAGAUCAGACUUUCAAACCCUCGGCCUGAAAAAAGAAUUGGAAUCCACGGUCGGAAAUGGAUGUUUUAGGAUCCUCAGAGAGAUUCUACAGUUGCAGGGAAAAGACGUUUUCAUCAUUGAUCUCUAUGUUCCUCCAACUUGGCUCCCACCCAUUAAUCAAUCUCCCCUUUCCAGUUUUACGGUAAGAAACAGUUUUCGUGAAAUCAGACUGUGAAUGUCA